GCUUCGGAUAAAGGCAGGACUCCGCCUGGCAGCCCCGACUUCUGGAACCUCUGAUCAGCCUGGUGAACCACAUAGGUGAGCACAGCACUCUGACAUGCAGAAGGUGACCCUGGGCCUGCUCGUGUUCCUGGCAGGCUUGCCUGUCCUGGAUGCCAAUGACCCGGAAGAUAAAAACAGUCCUUUCUACUAUGACUGGCACAGGCUUCGGGUUGGCGGGCUCAUCUGUGCCGGGGUUCUGUGUGCCUUGGGCAUCAUCAUCCUCAUGAGUGGGAAAUGCAAAUGCAAGUUCCGCCAGAAGCCGGGUCACCGUCCAGGGGAGGCUCCACCUCUCAUCACCCCAGGCUCAGCCCAUAACUGCUGAGGACAGACCAACUGAAACUGGGUGGAGGACCCUUCUCUGUCCCCGGGUCCUGUCUCUGCACAGAAACUUGAACUCCAGAAUGGAAUUCUUCCUCCUCGGCUGGGACUUCUUGCACAGAAAGGCCUCAUCAUCUCAUCUCUCGUGGGAGGGUCUCUUUGUUCAAUUUUUAAUCUAAAAUGAUUGUGCCUCUGCCCAAGCA